AUGGAGGUGACAGAGAUAAUGACCAAACUGUGUCUGUCAGAAAGCGAUAUUAAAGCUCAACAUUCAUCUCCUGAUGGCCUGUCGGCUCAGGUCAAGCCACCUCAGACCCAACUUUCACCUCCUCCGAGUAUAGCGCCUCCUCCCGCCUCUCCUAAGCGGUGCUCUCUCAAGUGUCCGGCUCCUUCACAGGAUGUUAAGAAUGAGCAGGAGCCGACCCCAAAGAGAGCCAGCCUACAUGGGCUGUCAGCUAAGGUCAUGCCAACUCAGGACCAACUUUCACCUCCUCCGAGUAUAGCGCCUCCUCCCGCCUCUCCUAAGCGGUGCUCUCUCAAGUGUCCGGCUCCUUCUUCACAGGAUGUUAAGAAUGAGAUGGAGCCGACCCCAAAGAGAGCCAGCCUACAUGGGCUGUCAGCUAAGGUCAAGCCAACUCAGGACCAACUUUCACCUCCUCCGAGUACAGCGCCUCCUCCCGCCUCUCCUAAACGUCGCUCUCUCAAGCGUCCGGCUCCUUCUUCACAGGAUGUUAAGAAUGAGAUGGAGCCGACCCCAAAGAGAGCCAGGCUACAUGGGCUGUCAGCUAAGGUCAAGCCAACUCAGGACCAGUAA